AUGGUGGUGAGCGAGGAUCAGGGGACGAAGAACAGCGACCUCAUCAUUGCGGUCAGCGAGCACGCAAGAAAGCCGGUCCGGGAGGGUGGUGGUAUUGCCCGACAGAAAGGCCGACAUUGCUGUAUUUCUCGCAGCGCUUCUUUUCUUUUUCUGCAUGGCGGUGAUGGUGCCUUCAAUUACCUAGUACCUACAUACACCCCCGAGCUGCUCGCUACUGGCGGUGUGCGAUGCUCUCUAGAGAGGUACUGGGUGCUAAAAUGCCUUAUCAACUACUGA